AUGUCCAACCCCAAGAAGAGAGCGGCGCCGAGCCAGGACGCCGAGGGCCAGAAGAAGAAAAAGAAGAAGUCGGCGUACCACGUCGACGAGACGCUCCUGAACGGGGAGCUGGGCAUCAACGAGGCCUUUGCCGUCAUGGACAACCAGCUGCUCGCCGACUACACGGCGCAGAAGAUUGCCCGGUUCGGCACGGAUCUGAGUCCCGUCGAGUUGUCCGACCUGUCCAUCUCAGAUGACGUUGGCACAUUAUUGCAGGCGGUGGCUAAUCAGCAAACGACAGCAAACUCCAUCAAGGACACGACGUCGUGGACGGAACCCAGGGCCCUGGAGAAGCUGCCCGAGUUCCUGGAAAAGUUCGCUGAGAAGCCCGAGAGGCUGGGCACGGCGCCCGAGAAGAAGGGCGCGCCGCACACCAUCAUCGUCGCCGGGGCCGGCCUGCGCGCGGCGGACAUUGUGCGCGCCGUGAGGAAGUUCCAGUCUAAGAAGAGCACCGUGUCGAAGCUUUUUGCAAAGCACAUGAAGGUCGACGAGCAGGUCAAGUUCCUGCAAAACACGCGGACGGGCAUCGCGGUCGGCACACCGGCGAGACUCAUGGAGUUGGCCGACAACGGGGCAUUAUCACUGGAGAAGCUGCAGCGCAUCGUGGUGGACGCGUCGCACAUUGAUCAGAAGAAGCGCGGCGUCAUGGACAUGAAGGACACGAUGCUGCCGCUCGCAAGGUGGCUGACGCGGCAGGAGUUCAAGGAGCGGUACGUGGACGAUAAGAAGCAUUUGGACUUGCUGUUUUACUAG